CACUCAGUUAAUUAUUCGAAUCUCCAGUAAUGGCACAACACAUGGUCAAGAUGUGUAUCGAAAACCUCCUUUAUUGGUUGAAGCAGAGGAAGAUAGAACUAGAAAGAUCUCUGGAGGAGAAACAGAAGCAGAUUGAUGAAUAUAGGCUCUAUGUGAAAGUUUGUGAUCAGUUUGUUAAAAAUUCUGCGAAGAGAGCGCAGGCGAGGAGAGAGUUUAGAGACGGAAUCAGGAAGAUACUUGAGGAUCAAAUGUCGCGAGGGGAAAUUCCACUUUCUGUUUAUUUAGAGGCUUCUAAAAAGAGUCAAAAGGAAAAAGAUCUUGAGUACUAUACCUCUUUUCCUUUUCAACACUCAUAUCCAAUAAGAAUCAACGAAAGAGCAGCCAGUAAAGACGAUGAAGAGGAGAAGAUUCCUCAUAUCCCAAAAUCAGUUAUUACUAAUCCUUCAAAUCAGCCAUCUCCUACCUCCCAAAUCUCCAACCCUGAUCAAUCCACUCAAACUCAACUUGACAAUGUCAUUUUCUCCGAAUCCAAAAGCUCUAGCCAACUCCAGUCUACUCCAAACUCUCAAAAUCCCACCAAUCCUCCUAGAACCCUCUCUAACCCUCCAAAUGAGCAGCCAGAAUACGAUGAAGAUGACUUAUUUUCUGAUGGCCUUAAUCAGUCACAACAGGCCAGGAAUGAUGCAAUUUUAGAAGGAAUAGAUGAAAUCUUCGGAGAAGAAGAAAAAGAUAAGGAAAAUAUACCUCCACAAGAGGUCCAAGAAGAUGUCCAAGGAGUGGAGCCACAAGCAGAAACAGAAGUAGAAGAAGAGGGAGAGGAGAUAGAUGAAGAAUGGGAACCGAGGACAGAAGAAGAGAGAGUAGCUUUUAAAGAGAUGGAUAAUAUUGUUGGUAAAAGAUAG